AAAUGUAUAGUCACUACAAGCGACUGUCAGUCCCUCCUGCCAUUAUUACCAACAAAGUCGCGUGUGAACGCUACAUGCGUACUUUGGACUCUGAGUUCAGCACCGCCUUGCGAAAUGCUUUGGCUACGAGUCAAGUAUUCAAUAAGCGCUACCAAACUCGCGCUGGGAUAGCAAAUGCUAAUGUCCCUGCGACUGGAGUCAAUUGGCAGGACGACCCCAUCCAGUUGAAAGAAUUAAUGACGAUGGCGGAAGAAAU